ACACACACAAUAAGAGCGUUUUCUUCACCGAAGAACACGUUCACUCUCCAUUUUGCCUUGCAAACUGCGUUUUCUCCGCACUUUCCACCCUCCCAUUCUGACCUUUCUUGACGCUAUUUUUGCUUUAUCAACUUCUUAUCGAAGCCCUUUCUCUUCUCCCAUUAUCUGGAGCUAUCAAAAUUCGUGCUUUUUUACGAGUCUCGCUGAACAUUCCGUUUCUUACUCCAGGGAGAGAUAACUAGUCUUUAGGUCACACAGGAUUUUUGUUUGUUAUUUUUGAGUACUUUACCUUAAUCUGCAUCUGAACCGAUUGUUCAAGAAGAGAGAAUAUGUCGGGUUCAAAGAAAUCUCCUUUGAAGGUUUCUAAACCUAGCUCUGUUGCAUCUUGGACGAAUCCAUUUGAUUCUGAUGAUGAGGCAGUGGAUAACAGAAAGUAUAGUUCAUCUAAAAAGACUUCUUCAGGACGUGCACUUGUUACACUGGAAGUUAACACCAACCCCUUUGAUGAUGACAUUGAUGCCAACAAGAAAUCUUCAUCAACAUCAUAUGCCUUUCAAUCAGCGGAUCGGAACAGGUAUAAGAAUGGUUUUCGUGAUUCCGGUGGAUUAGAGAAUCAAUCGGUGCAAGAAUUGGAGAAUUAUGCUGUUUACAAGGCUGAAGAGACUACAAAUUCGGUCAACAAUUGUUUGAAGAUAGCAGAGAACAUAAGAGAGGAUGCUACCAAGACACUAGUCACCCUUCAUCAACAGGGUGAACAAAUUACCAGGAGUCAUCAUGUUGCUGCUGACAUUGAUCACGAUUUGAGUCGGGGAGAAAAGCUCUUGGGAAGCCUUGGUGGCCUCUUCUCCAAAACUUGGAAACCAAAGAAGACACGUGCAAUAACAGGCCCGGUUAUUGUUGGAGAUGACCCAAUCAGGAGAAAGGGAAAUCACUUGGAGCAGAGAGAGAAGUUGGGGCUGACUUCAGCACCCAAAGGGCAGUCCAAGCUGCGGACCCCACCUCAGGAGCCAACAAAUGCACUUGAAAAAGUUGAGGUUGAAAAAAGGAAGCAAGAUGAUGCACUAUCAGAUUUAAGUGAUUUGUUAGGAGAGCUUAAAGAGAUGGCUGUUGACAUGGGAUCCGAGAUUGAGUGGCAUAACAAAGCCCUGAAUCAUCUGUAUGAUGAUGUGGAUGAGUUGAAUUUCCGAAUGAAAGGUGCCAAUCAACGUGGCAGUCGUUUACUCGGAAAAUAAGAUUGAUUUCAUCUCUUGCUAUUUAUUUCCUUUCCUGCUCCUCAUCAUUGUUUUCUCUCUUUGGAUCCAUCAUCUGGUUUAAUGAGACAAUCAUUUCAUUAAGUUUACACUUGUGUUGCAUUACAUUAAAUAUGCAACAGAUUAAACUCCACUUGGUGCAAUACUACAUUCACUUUGUUCAUUUCUCA